AUGGCGCCUCCCGCUGCGACAAUCGAUCUAAACAUCUUUCCUGAAACCGACACUGCAACUUUCACCGUCCCAGAUCGCUUGACGGCGGAGAAAGUCGCCAAACGAAGAGCCGCAUCGGGCAGACUUGUUGCCGGAGUAGCAGCGCACGCAGACGUUGAGCAGUUCAAAGGCCGAACAAGCCACAGCCACAAGGCAUUGGCUAAGCGAUGGGAUCAUCGCCUGAGUCAUGAGACACAGAGCCGUGGAGGUAGUUCGUUGAAGGUUGCUGCAAGGUACCUGAAGACUCCAGGUAUCAUCUCUCUAGGUGGCGGACUACCAUCGAGCGACUACUUCCCGUUUCACGAAAUCGGUGUGAAGAUCCCAAGACUCGGGCAUUGUGCCCAGGGCAAAGAAGGCAGCAAUGUCGUUCGCGCAGGCAUGCACGAUAUGGCUGAGGGCAAGUCUGCUUUUGACAUUGCCACGGCUGCUCAGUACGGAUUAGGCCAUGGUUCUGCUCAGUUAUUGAGGUGGCUCGUUGAGCACACGGAGAUCUGCCACAAUCCUCCAUACCAGGACUGGAGCUGCACCAUGACUGUAGGAUCGACAUGUGCUUGGGAUUUUGCUCUGCGCAUGUUCUGCGAGCCAGGCGACUGGGUAUUGAGCGAGCAGUAUACAUUCCCUGCUGCCGUUGAGACAGCUGCGCCGAUGGGCGUCAAGUUCGCAGCGGUCAAGAUGGAUUCUAAUGGAAUGCUGCCUACGGAUCUGGACGCCGUCCUGACCAACUGGGAUUACCGUAAAGGACCGAAGCCAUUCGUUCUAUACACAGUACCAACAGGUCAGAACCCGACCGGAUCCACACAAGACAUCCAGCGCAGGCGCGAAAUCUACGCAGUCGCGCAAAAGCACGACCUCAUCAUCUUCGAAGACGAACCAUACUACUUUCUGCAGAUGGAACCCUAUAAAGGCCCCGAUGGCUCCCCAGCUCCAGGUCCCUCAUCUCACCAAGAGUUCCUCCACUCCAUAGUUCCCUCAUUCCUCUCCAUCGACGUUGACGGCCGAGUCAUGCGUUCAGAUUCCUUCUCCAAAGUCAUUGCACCAGGAACCCGCGUUGGCUGGAUUACAGCGUCCGAACAACUCUGCGAUCGAUAUCGCACCCACGCCGACGUCUGCACCCAAGGACCGAGCGGCUUCAGCCAGUUGAUUCUGUACAAGCUCCUCGACGAGGCCUGGACUCACGCCGGAUACUUCGAUUGGUUGAUCUACAUGCGCAUGGAAUAUACCAACCGCCGGAACGUUAUGAUGCAGGCGUGCGAGAAGUACCUGCCCAAGGAUAUCGUCUCAUGGGUCCCGCCGAUGGCGGGAAUGUUCCAUUGGCUGCAGCUGGAUUACAAGAAACAUCCAAACUAUCACAGUCAGACCUUCGAUGACCUCGAGGAGGAGAUAUUCCAGAGCAUCAUUGCGCACGGCACGCUAUUGAUGAAAGGGUCAUGGUUCUGUGCAGACCGAGCUGCGAAGCGGGAUACGAUGUUCUUCCGCGCGACAUAUGCUGCUGCGCCGUUCGAUAAGAUCGAUGAGGCAAUCAAGAGGUUUGGUGAAGCUAUCCGGGAUACGUUCGGACUGACACCUCAGAUGAAUGGGCAUGGAGGCAGUCUUGAAGCUGGAUUGGCCAAGCUGGCGUUGACGAACGGGGUUAAUGGGCAUGGUGAUGGCAUCAAGGAAAGUCACGAUGACAUUAAUGGUGUAUGCUGA